AUGGGACAACCUGGAAACAAAGGAGCUCACGGUGUAGAUGGAGCGAUAGGUCCUCAGGGUCCGAAAGGUGAGAUUGGCCUUCCAGGUCAGGAGGGUGAAGUCGGAGCCCCAGGCCUUAAAGGCCAGACUGGACCUCAAGGCAAUACGGGGGACAAAGGGCCACCUGGCGAUUCAGGCCCUCAGGGGCAGCCCGGACCCCAUGGGAUGCAAGGCUUGCCAGGCUGGACUGCAGUUUCGACCUCGCAUCAGUCUUAUCAAAACCCCCAGCGGAAGUCGAACCGUGACAGUGCAGAAUGGGAGCUUGACACGUUAAUCACUCGGCCACAUUGGCACGAGUGCCCUUGGGUCACAGGGCAGAUGUGA